GACGGAAGUGCACUUGGCUGAACGGAAAUAGAAGAUUUUAGAGGCUGGGAAGGUGAGGACAAGAGGAGCUGGGGAGCUAACUUCAGCUUCACCUUCCUCACUGAUCCAGCAUGGGGGAGAAGUCAGAAAACUGUAGGGUUCCAGAGGAUCUUUUCAAUGGUUUGAAAGUUACAGAUCCCCAGGAAGCAGAGUGUGCUAGCCCUCCAGUUUCUAAUACCAAAGAUCACCAUUUCCAGAGCAAGUUGCUCAAGGAUGUUGAAGCCCAUCCCCAGGAGGACCAGGGAGAAGAGGAGUGUUUUCAUGACCCUAGCACCUCAUUUGAAAAGGAGGAGCCAGGAGUGGACAGGGUUGAGAACAAACCUGAUGAUAAUGUGAAUUCCUCUGAACUAGAUGAAGAAUACCUAAUAGAACUGGAAAAAAACAUGCCAGAUGAAGAGAAACAGAAGAGAAGAGAAGAGAGCACUAGACUAAAGGAGGAGGGGAACGCGCAGUUUAAGAAAGGAGAUUAUAUAGAAGCUGAGAGUUCUUACAGUCAAGCCCUUCAGAUGUGCCCAUCCUGCUUCCAGAAAGACAGGUCUAUUCUGUUUUCAAAUAGAGCCGCUGCAAGGAUGAAACAGGACAAGAAAGAGAUGGCCAUCAGUGACUGCAACAAAGCUAUUCAGUUAAACCCCAGCUAUAUCAGGGCAAUAUUGAGGAGAGCGGAGUUGUAUGAGAAGACUGAUAAGCUAGAUGAAGCCCUGGAGGACUAUAAAUCCAUAUUAGAAAAAGAUCCAUCAAUACAUCAAGCAAGAGAAGCUUGCAUGAGAUUACCUAAGCAGAUUGAAGAACGUAAUGAAAAGCUAAAGGCAGAGAUGUUAGAGUAUAGUCACUACCAGCCGAUACUGUGUCAGAACUAAGGGAAUUUUUGUUUUGAAAAUGGCAUGAGAGUCCCUUCAGUGUUUGAGAAGACAUGAGAAGUCAGGAAUGAGGAAUAAAUGGUGAGGAGAACAAAGGAGUGUGAGUGAAGCAUACGUCAAAUGGAUUCAUGGUUUAUUUCUCUUAUUUGCCGAAGCAUUUUAUAGUUGGGGUCAGAGAAGCCUUCUCAUGAACAGCCUGUUUGACUCAAGGGAGUCAAGUUUCCUAGACAGAGAGCUCUCCAGCACAUUCUGCUUAUAACCUGUGUCGUUUUUCCCUGCUCAAGAUCUGCUUUGUGUUUUACCUUAUGAAUAUUUUCUAAAUCUACUAUGUGAAUUGAAUUUAAUAUAUUGCCAUCAGGUGGGCCUAAACAAAAAAUCUUAAAAUAAAUUGGACUUGGCCAUUUAUGGCCACCGCAUAGGUGUCAGUAUCCAGAGAAUGAGAACAUAUUUUCCAAAGGAUCAGUCUGAUAGCAGAACUGAUUGAGAACAAGCCAUUAAACCUGGACAAUCCAAAACCUCUCGCUCCUGCUAAGAACUGUUUUUAGAGUUGGGGACACUUCUGAAGCAUUCCCCAGUUUUUCCAAAAAAGGCUCUUUCUUUCCCUAAUUUACACCUACUUGACAGUUUUCCCUAAUUGACACCUUGUUUGAGCAAAAAAAAAAUUAUUUUAGAGGUACUCUUUCUUCAAAGAAAAGGGAAAAGAGAAUUUUUCACCUAUUCUAACAGUGACUCUUUGUUUUAGAAAAAAGCUAGUAUCUGUACUUAGCUGAGCCAGAUUCAGGCUGGAGGAGAUUUGGGGUGGCCACAGUGCACUUGGAAAAGACCCUUGUUGUUUUCCGGGUCUGUUUCUUUGAGCCAGUUUGAAACCGUGAAGGGAUGGAUGUAGACAGAAUCUUAUAGCCAUUGUCAACUCCCGAUGGAAUCAAAACUUCCAUUUCUCCUUGCCUGGCUGGCUGAGUCCCUCUAAAUUCUCAUGAGCCAAAAUUUCUGUCUCUGUAGCUUUGGGUUUUACUUAUAUUGUCCCCUUCAUUUGAAAUAUUCAAGUUGAAUUCAUUCUCAGUUUCUUCUGUAAUGACUUCUCCCCUCAUCGGAUUUCAGCAGUUUAAGUUGCUUGGUAAAUCAUAUGUCAGUUUGUUGUUAAACAUAAAAAGUAUGAAUAACUAGACUCCUUUACAUUCUUACUCAGUAGAAGGAUCAUGAAUAAGAUACUGCCUCUAGGUGUUCCCCACUGUAGGAGAGCCUAAAAGGGAGAGAGCAUUCUUGAGGUGGAAUCACAGCCCCACAAGAGCAUUCCGGACUUCUUCCCUCCCCCUUACAGGUGCCAUGGCUGUGCUUCCUCUGCUGGGGGGGUCCUCGGGGGCCUCUCACCCCUAGACAUUCUGAGCAAGCCUUCUGCAGUGGACCACACAAUUUUUAGUGCUGGUUUCUCUGGGCUGGCUUCUGCUAAAAACUGGCAGUUAAAGAUUUUAAAAGCAUGCUCAAUACCACUUGUCAUUGGCAUUUACAAAGUGAGGUCAUUAUUUAACAAAAUGAGCUUUUUUAUUUAAGUUUGCUCAGUUAUCUCUGACUUUUUCUUUUCUUUUUCUUUUCUCAGUAAGUUGACUUCCUUUUUGUUAGAAAAAAGAGCGAUAAAGCUGCCUCCGUGAAGGAAAAAAUCCUAGUUGGACUAAUGAAAGGGUGAACAUCCUUGCUUCUCCCUUUCUAGCCUGUUAUUGAGAAAAUUAUUAGAAAAAAAAUUACAUAAAUCAUUAGAACAACCCCAGUAAUGCUUCCCUCUCAUAGGCACCUGCGGCUGCUUCCUGCCCAGCCACUGUGGCACACGCCUGGGCCUUGUUCCCGUCCAGCCCAGCUCUUCCACUCAUACCAUCACCUCCUUACACCCUUUUGGAACAUAUUUCUGCUCUCCUGAUUCCUGAAGUUUCUCAGGUGUUCACUCCUGGCCACUAGCAACCUAACGAGUGCACAUUUGUGAACUGAAUUAGGAACACCAUCUUGUAUGAUGCCGUGAUCAAGAGCUACGUAAGGUCACUUGGAAGUAACCUGUCCGUUGUCUUUGCAAAGAUUUGACACGUUCUUUUGGCUCUUUCCGUGCAUUAGGUGCUUCUCUGCUCUGCAUAGUAGAGGGUCCUAGAACCAGCUCCCUCACCCAACGUCAUAAGAAAGCCUUGACGUUGUCACUGUCUCUUAAAACUGCUGAAGUCAUAGGGGCGCCUGGGUGGCUCAAUUGGUUGAGUGUCCGACUUCGGCUCAGGUCAUGAUUUCAUGGUUUGUGAGUUUGAGCACCACGUCAG